GCCGACCUUCGACGGCCGACACCUGCCGGAGUGCGGAGCCCGCUAUGCCGCGUCACCUCUCGGGACUGCUCCUGCUGCUCUGGCCGCUGCUGCUGCUGCUGCUGCUGCCGCCGCCGGCCCCCGCCGCCCCCGGCCCCCUGACCCGCCCGGGCUGGCGGAGGCUGGGCACGCGCGGCCCAGGGGGCAGCCCCGGGCGCCGCCCCACUCCGGCCGCCCCCACCCGCGCGCCCCAUCCCGGGGCGGGCCAGCCCGGCGGGGCCCGCGGCGCAGGUGUUUGCAAGAGCAGGCCGUUGGAUUUGGUGUUCAUCAUCGAUAGUUCUCGCAGUGUGCGGCCCCUGGAGUUCACCAAGGUGAAAACCUUUGUCUCCCAGAUAAUUGACACUCUGGACAUUGGGGCGGCGGACACACGGGUGGCAGUGGUGAACUAUGCUAGCACCGUGAAGAUUGAGUUCCAUCUGCAGACCUACUCGGAUAAGCAGUCCCUGAAGCAGGCCGUGGCCCGGAUCACACCCUUGUCUACAGGCACCAUGUCGGGCCUGGCUAUCCAGACAGCCAUGGAUGAGGCCUUCACCGAGGAGGCAGGUGCUCGGGGGCCCACUUCCAACAUCCCUAAGGUGGCCAUCAUUGUGACAGACGGGAGGCCCCAGGACCAGGUGAACGAGGUGGCGGCUCGGGCCCGGGCAUCUGGUAUUGAGCUGUAUGCCGUGGGCGUGGACCGGGCAGACAUGGAGUCCCUCAAGAUGAUUGCCAGUGAGCCACUAGAUGAGCAUGUUUUCUACGUGGAGACCUACGGGGUCAUUGAGAAACUUUCCUCUAGAUUCCAGGAAACCUUUUGCGCUUCGGACCCGUGCGCACUUGGCAUACACCAGUGCCAGCACGUGUGUGUCAGUGAUGGGGAAGGCAAGCACCACUGUGAGUGUAGCCAAGGAUACUCUUUGAACGCCGAUAUGAAGACAUGUUCAGCUAUUGAUAAGUGUGCCCUUAAUACUCAUGGAUGCGAACACAUCUGUGUGAACGACAGGACUGGCUCUUAUCAUUGUGAGUGCUAUGAAGGCUAUACCUUGAACGAAGACAAGAAGACAUGCUCAGCUCAAGACCAGUGCGCUUUUGGUACACAUGGCUGCCAGCAUAUUUGUGUGAAUGACAGAGCUGGGUCCCAUCACUGUGAAUGCUACGAGGGCUAUACUCUGAAUGCAGAUAAUAAAACAUGUUCGGUUGGCAGCAAGUGUGCUCAGGGCUCUCACGGUUGCCAGCACAUUUGUGUGGACGAUGGGGUGGCGGCCUAUCACUGCGACUGUUACCCCGGCUACAUCUUGAAUGAAGACGACAAGACGUGUUCAGCUAUUGAAGAAGCACGAAGACUCAUCUCCACAGAAGAUGCUUGUGGAUGUGAAGCCACGCUGGCAUUCCAGGAUAGGGUCAACUCAUAUCUACAGAGAUUGAAUGCCAAACUUGAUGACAUUUUGGGGAAGUUGCAAGCAGAUGAAUAUGGACAAGUACGUCGUUGAAUUACUCAGAUUUUUCACCUGGAAAUACCAAGAGCUUGAUUUACUUCAUAUUUUUGCUACUUCAAUGUUCCUGCUAAUAAUUUGCCAUUGCAAAUGCUUGAAUAUUACUGGAUAAGUAGUAUGAGGGUCUUUUUGGAGAAUCAGUAUUAUUUUUUUAAGGAAAUAAACGUUCAGAUCCUUAAGAGCAAACUCUAGUGUCUCUAAGCUAUGACUGUGAAAUGAUUCAUAGGAAAUAGAAUGAAAAGUUUAAUAUUUCUUUAUUUACCAGUUGAGCCAUUUAAUUUUUAAAUGUUUAUUUCAUUCAUUCCAUUCUUACGAUGGAAACUUUUGAUCUAUUUUCUCUUGGUAGUAUUUAUAGUAUAAACCAGUUUUAUUACGGAGAGUGUAAAUUAUACAAAGUAUUUACACAUGAAAAAGCUCAUAUAAUUAAACUGAGGUGAAUAUAAUUUAGAACUGUUUCUUUAAGGAUUUGUUUUUUGCUCACUUUUUGCUGGAGUAUUACUGAAGCUGUGAUCAAGGGAUUGUAACACACAUACCUAGAUCAAGUGAACAUUACAUGAAACAUUAUAUAAGAAACACAUAACUAAAGACUUUAGUUUUGAAUCUAAGAGUAUUAUAAACUUUUUAACAAGGACAAAAAAAAAUCUUACCUUAUCUUUACUGUUUGACUUUAGGAUCCAAUCAAUAAAAUUAUGUACCUUGAAAUACUGCUCUAACAAGUAACCACACACCUAAUGGUGACUUUUUAAAGUUUAAGUGUAACUUUUCUUACAUACUUGGUAUAUUUCUUUUUUUUUUUUUUCAGCUUGAGAGCUUAUAGUUUUUAGAAGGGAAUAGUCUUUUAAAUUGUGACUACUCAAUUUUUCUUUUUUUUUUUGGUUUCUAUUGUCUUUAGUAUAAUAAAAAAGUUACUGUCUUUACAUAUCAUUGUUAUGACUUUGUUUUUGUGACCUGUAUCAAUUUUGUCUAUUAACAUACCUUCUUAAAUUCAACUGAAUUACCAAUUAUUUUGAAUAUAUAAUGGUUUCUUUUCAAAGGACACAAUAUUGUAACUCUUCCUAUAAUUUAAUCUCAUAGUUUUAAAGUUAAAAAUUAAGUUCAGGUUAAAUAGGUUUUUAUCAAGAAUGUUAUGGGAGAGGGAAUAAAAUGAAAUGAUUUAAACUUGGAUAAAAUAAUGAAGUACAUUUCUAUAAGCACCUGAAAAGUAAAUAUAACCUAGAGAUGUAAACCUAAAAUCAGUCAAAAAUCUAAAAAAGAGGGCAGCCCCAGUAGCCCAGCGGUUUAGCGCCGCCUUCGGCCCGGGGUGUGAUCCUGGAGACUCAGGAUCGAGUCCCAUGUUGGGCUCCCUGCAUGGAGCCUGCUUCUCCCUCUGCCUGUGUCUCUGCCUCUCUCUGUCUCUCUCUGUGUGUCAUGAAUAAAUAAAUAAAUCUUUUAAAAAAAAUCUAAAAAAGAAACCUUAAAGGAAGAAAUGAAAAAUAAGUACAUCAAGGCAGUAUAUAUUAUAUGAAACGUACAUUGUCAUUCCUCAACAUUUUUGAAAGAUGACUUAGAGCAGUAUUAUUUUCCAAACUUAUUUCAACACAGAAUUGGUAAUAUCUAUUAAUGUACCACCGACAAAUGGUGCUGUAGGAGGAAUAAAAGACAGCUCUUGUGCAAGCACUAGGGGAAGUUAUUUAAAAAUGAGAUGAUUUGGGAUCCCUGGGUGGCGCAGUGGUUUGGCGCCUGCCUUUGGCCCAGGGCGCGAUCCUUAAGACCCGGGAUCGAAUCCCACCCCGGGCUCCCGGUGCAUGGAGCCUGCUUCUCCCUCUGCCUGUGUCUCUGCCUCUCUCUCUCUGUGUGACUAUCAAAAAUAAAAAAAAUGAGAUGAUUUUUUUAAGAGUGUGGCCAUCAGUAACUAGUUUCAACUAAUCAUCUCUUAAACUUGACUAAUUGGAAUCCCCUGACUUAGAUAAUUGAUUUGUUUCAUGAGCUCAAUAUUGGGAACUCAUCGUGCACAGGUGCCAACAAAUCUUAAGGAUUCAUAGUUUGAUGUUGAAAAAAGACACGUUUGAAAACAAAUGUAUUAUCUGAAUGGAAUGGGGGUUAAGUUUGGAAAUAAUUUCUCAGGGAGACCCGAUUUGUACACUUGGCUAGGCACAAUUGGCAGAGAGGGUAGGAUCAUCACAGGACAUAAAAUGGCCUUGGAGGCAGAAAGCAUAUUGGCUUGCUUAGAGUGAGGGCACCACAGUAAAGGCAUUUCCCUAUUGAUGGAAAAAUCUAAUUUAGCUGUUUUUUUUUUUUUUUAAAUCUAUUUAUGAGAGACACACGCACAGACAGAGACAUAGGCAGAGGGAGAACCAGGCUCCCUGCAAGGACCCCAGGACCAGACCUGAGCCAAAGGCAGACGCUCAACCACGGAGCCACCCGAGGGCCCCUUAGCUGGGGGUUCAGAUGUGACGGGAAAGGCACCUGACCCUAGGCAAUCCUUGACUGUGCUGGGUUAGACCACAGACUCACUUCAAAGGAGCUGAACAGUACUUCCCUGAAAUGUGGAAAGACUACAUGGGAG